GGAGAGAAAGACCAUCAAGAUGUCAAACAAAUGAUGAGAUUGUUUUAUUUCAUUGUAUGCUACCGGAGCAUGCUUUUUACCAGUGCGUGGAAUAGAAGAUUAGAUUUAGCGAUAAACUCUUUUUCUUUUCUAUUUUUUUUUUUGUCUAACUUGAACUAAUCAAUUAAUUCAAAACUAAAGUAAGAAAAAUAGUGUACGCUAUUCCUUCUAUAUAUUUUUGUCAGGUAGUUGCGUAAUUGUUCUUAUGAGUUUGUGGAAUUUUAUUAAAUAUUUGACGAUAUAUUUUAUACUUUACUAAAAAAAUCAAUUUUUAUUUAUCAAUCACAAGUUUGACGAUUAACAUCCACCAAACACCGCCACGAACUCGUACUUAUUUCUUGGUAAACGCUAGGGGUGAAGCCUAACCCCCUCCAACAAAAAAAAAGAAGCCUAACCCUACAUUAAUGGCUCACAACCAUAUUUAAAGUAAUUAAUUAAAAAAAAACAAAUAUAAACAUUUUUUUAUGAACGUUUUAAAAAUCUUUAUUUAAUCUCCUCAUGUUCAAUAGUUUUAUAUUCUAGAAGAUAAUAAAUGCAAUGAAUCCAUCCUAACAUUGUUUUUAAAAGAUUUCGUUCUCUCUUUUUCUAUCUUUUAUCUUUUUAAAGAAAGUAUUCUGUCUAUGCAUUUCAUUCACUCAUUAUUGAAGCAAGUGUUGAGAUUAACUGCACUCACUAAAAUGAAAUUAAAAAAAAAAGGAAGUAAGAUAAUAUAAGAAUUGCAUUAUACAUAGAACUUGGGUAUAAUUACAUUAAUCCUCUUAAAUAAAGAAAAAUAGAAAAUAAAAGCUACUUUCUCAUCAAAAUAAUAUAAAACAAAAAAAAAACACCGUUUCUUUGCGUUAUUUCAAGUUUACCUCUAAAGUGAUUCACCACCACAAUAUGCUGAAGCACAAAAAUGAUGAAAUAAUUUUGAUCUUAACAUUUCUUUUACUUGUCUCAAACUUAUGUUGGUUAAUGAGUCCAAAAAGAGUGAAGGAAUGUAACACUACAAAUAGUGUCAUGAAAAAAGUACAAGUUUUCCUAUUAGCAGGACAAAGCAACAUGGCAGGACGUGGUGGAGUCAUUAAAAAAAUUGUUGGAGGAAAUGUUACUAAAGUUUGGAAUGGAUUUGUGCCUAAAGAAUGUAAACCAAAUCAUAAAAUUAUACGAUUAAACGUAGCUCAAAAAUGGGAAGAAGCACACGAGCCUCUAAAUUAUGGGAUCGAUUGUUUAACGAGUUGUGGACUUGGUCCUGGAAUGGCAUUUGCUAAUGAAAUUCUUAAAAAAGACUCGAAUUUUGGUGUAAUUGGUUUGGUACCUUGUGCUAGAGGAGGAACUAGUUUGGAUAAAUGGAGAAUUGGGACUCAUCCUUAUGAUGAAUUGGUUAAAAGAGCAAAAAUUGCUGAAAAAAGUGGUGGAAUUAUUAGGGGGUUAUUAUGGUAUCAUGGUGAAAGUGAUGUAAAAGGAGGAAAUGGAUACAAAGAUUAUAAGAUCAAUUUGGAGAAAUUUAUUCAUGAUUUGCGUAGUGAUUUGAAUUCAUCUAAUCUUCCCAUUUUCCAGGUUAUCAUACCGUAUCCUAAAAAACCAUUUAAAGGGCCCUAUAUAGAAGAAGUAAGAGCAGCUCAAUUGGCAAUCAACAUCUCAAAUGUAAUAAAGAUUGAUGCUAAGGGACUCGAAGUAGGUUCAGAUGGCAUUCAUCUAACAACAUCAUCACAAGUUCAACUUGCUCAUAUGUUUGCUCAUGCUUUUUUGAGCCUAAACAAUUUUACAUCGUCGAAUACUUAUAAUUUCUUUAAUUUUUUCCCUUCUAAUAUAUUCUCUUAGAACUUCUUUCCAAUCCUUUGUAUUAUUUCUUUUACAAAAUGAACUUUGUUACCACAAUAGUAAACGUUUUGCUAUAUUCCAAGUUUUGAAUAGGAAGGGCUCGUCCUAUUCCUUUUACUUGGCCUAAUAUCCAUUUGCGAAAUAUUCUUGAUAUGAAAUCGAAAUAAAGACAAAAUAUUACUCAAUGUAAACAAACAUUAUGAAAAAAUUAUUGAUUGAUGCAAAUGUCCAAAUACAAUUUUCAAUUUAAAGUUAAACUUCCAAUCCUUAAAACGCCCAACAAAUUGACCUUAACUACACAAUUUGUGUUGUAAAGGAUGACAAUGUGCCAAGUUGAUUCAUACGUGUCAAACUUUCAUAAAAAUAUUAUUCAUUCAACCAAUUGUACCUAGCCAUUACGCAUCUUUAACAUAUAAAACGUGUCCUUGCCUUGUACCAUUAUAUUUUUUGUUUAUCCAUUUGAUCUCAUCAAAUCACAAACCUACCAAUAUUUAUACAACAUUCGUAAAAUUCAAAACACCUUAAGCUUUAACUCAUUGAAAGAAGAAAAGACAUGGACACUUCAAAGGGUGCAGAAGAGACUCAUAAGGUGGAUACUACAAAUUACAAAAAAUCAGCUGGACAUGAAGAUGAAGAACCACAAAAAGAAGAUGUGAAAAUCACACAUGUUCCUCUAACCUAUCAGAAACGUGAAACUGGUGAUUCUUUGGCUGAAAAAAUUGAGUCUGCCAAGGAAACCAUUGCAGGUGCCGGUGGCAAAAAAGAUUGAGAUACAUCAUUUCCUCUGUUUUUUGUGCAUGUAAUACAACUUGAAUAAUGGUAAAAUGUUUGGUUUGAUAAA